AGUUUGGUAUUUACUUUAAAUUUGCUGCAAUAUGCUAAACAUGAAGCCAUAUGUGCCAUCGAGUGCAAUUGCUGUUCGGGAGAGUUAUGAUGAUGACCUUAGUGACGACAUUGAAGAUGAUGUGUUCAUUAGAGACGGAAAAUCAAUUAAAGCGUACGAAGAGAAAGGACUGAAGCGACCAUUGAUGGCACCUCGACGUCGUAACAGUAGUAAACCACUACUGAAAUCAUCAAAAACACGAAAAACUAUGGCAGCAAUAUUUCGAAAGCGUAACCGUUGUUGGAAAUUUUGCGAACCAUUUUGCUAUGCUUUUGCCGCGUUGCUUGUUCUUUUCCUUCUAUUCAUAUUGGCCAUAUUUUUAAUGGCAUUAUUUCCUGUGUCAUUGCAAAAAUUUAAAUCAUUGUUUCACAACACCAAACUAAGUUUUGCAUUGAAUAAAGUUGGAUUUGAUGAGAUGGCAAUGGAGGAACUGUUUAAGGGCGAACAAACACCAUGCACACAAAUGUCGGUGGAAAAGGUAUGGAGCAAAGCAUUUACACGACUCAGCACAGAGUCGCCAAUUAGAAAAACUGAUAUAAAUGGCGAUGGGAAUGCCGAUAUUAUUAUGGGCUAUUCAGUUGACGAUAGCAUACAGUAUCAGUCAGAAAAUCAUGGAAGCAUACCAAAAUGUGAAAUUGAAAAUGGUGGAUAUCGUGAAAUGGUUCCAUGUGAAGGAGGCAUUUUGGCGUUGGAUGGCACUACGGGCACGACCUUAUGGCAAAGAUGGACGCCAUCAAUUGUAUUCUCAAUAUUUUGCCAAACCGAUUUGAAUAAAGACCAGAAAAUUGAUUGUGUUGUGUCAGGCCGUGGUGGUUUGGUACUUGCGUUGAAUGGCGAAAACGGAGAAGUUCUGUGGCAUCUUCAUCCGAAUCAAAAAAUUUCAGACAUUCCGAUACCAAUACCAUCGACAUUAGUCGUUGAUUUAUACACCAUCAAUGGAAUCCGUGAUUUAGACGAAGAUUCAGUGCCUGAUGUAUUGGCCGCACGAGUUGAAGAGCAUCGUUCAACAGAUUUGAAUAUAAUUGCAGGUCAUAUUGUAAUCAUAAGUGGCCGUACUGGAAGGAUUAUAAAGAAUUUUUCAGCUCCAAAUCGCGAAGAAUUAUAUGUACCAAUACAAGUUCAUACGCAGAUUGAUGGCACUGAAUAUUUAUUGGUUUUAACUGGUGGUCAGAAUUCGCCAGGUGGUGUGUAUUUGAUUUCAUUGAAUACAAUUAUGGACCAUUCAAAAGAGAAUGAAUUCAUUACGGUGAUUCGAAGUGAAUCGUCUGGUUUUAUGGUGCCAGCGAUUUUAGUGGAUUUGAAUGAAGACGGUGGAGAAGACAUUGUUGUAUCUUCGUUCAAUUCAACGGUUUAUGCGUUCAAUGGACAAACGCAUGCCACACUAUGGAAAUACACAUUUGCUGAUUCAGAGAGCACGAGUUCAAUUGUGCCAGGCCAUUACAACAACGACAAUGUCACAGAUUUUAUGGUUAAAUACAAUUGUGGUCCAGGUUUUCCCGUUUAUUACUAUUCUCAAACGCAAAUCAUCAAUGGCAAAGAUGGCAGCUCGUUACUUGAUCAAAUGAUAAAUGAUUCGGGUGGUGCCAACAGUUUAUUGGGCGGCAUAUCAAUUUCACAGACAUUCGGUGGAGAUUUAUUCUUACAUUGGCAAACGACAUGCCGCGGAAAGUAUGAGGUUAAAGACCCGUAUCAAUUUAUUCCGGACAGUGAUAUUCUAUUACAAUCUCGUGCAGACACAUGUAUGCUUCGCUAUAAUGCUUCAACCGUUUUAAAAUUAUACGCAAUCACGAGACACAUUCAAUCUCCGGGAGCGGUUAUAUUUUCCACAGAUGACUUAUUAUUACAAUUGAAUCAAACGGAAUUGAAGCAACUGGAAAAACAAAUGGCGGUCUCACCGCUGAAGCAUCCCAAACUAUUGAAAAAGCUACUUAAUAUAAAUGAUGUAUCUACUGAUUCGGAAGUAAAUUCGAGUAUUAAUAGCACAAAACCCGAUGUCAAUACUGUAAUGAACGUUACAAAAUUCAUUGGUGAAGAGAGACUGAGACCAUCGGAAAUUCCAAAUAAAUCGAGUGCAUUUGAUAAAUUGAAAAAUAGAAAGAAAAUUAUGGAAAAUACCAACAAAAAUAUUGCACCAAAUCAAAUGCGAAUCAAUUCAAAUAAUUACGAAAAGCCAUUAUUUAAUGAGCAAACAAACGAAGAUGUGCAAUUGCCAUUGUCACCAAAUGAAGAAAAUGCAGAGAACGAAAUAAUUAACCAACGCAAAAAGCAAAUAAAAAAUUACAUAAUUAAUAACAUUAAUCGAGUUGAGGGUCGUAAUCAAUUUGCAAAUGAAUUAAUUCAGGAGCAACAGCAAGAGCUAAAUAAUCCCGCUGGGUUGAACAAUCCUCUUGAGGAUUAUCAAAAUUACUAUGACGACAACGAUAAGCGAAUGGCCAUGGCAAUAGCUAAUAACCGUGAUGUACGCGACUCAGAUGUUCACGUCGAUGAGAAUAUACCAGUUGUUGAAUUCCACGAUGGUAGUUAUAACGAUUCAUUUUCAUCGCACAAUCGUCCAAAUGAUUUCUCCGAUUCAUCCGAAUUUGUUAGUAAAACACGAAAAAAGGAUCGUGCUGAGACCUUGUGGGAUAUUGAAAUGGAAAAUGAGAAUGCGGAUAAAAUCAUUGAAGAGGCACAAAUAUUGAGUCCAAACACCGAAGAAGAUCGUGGUCGUCGCCAAUUGCCUCCGGAUCUCAUCCAAAUACCAAAUAAUCAAAAUUUAUUAGCACAAAUUUCCUCGACGGGCGUUUUAUUGAAAUCACUUAAUAACGCACCAUCCACGUUGGACUUUGUAUUUGUAUUGAAUGUUCGUGAAUCUGAACUAUAUCCGCCACUUUUACUGGCCGAAGACAUGAAAUGUUUGGAAGAUAAACUGGCAGUUUAUAAAGAUGAAUUUACUUCCGAGUAUGCAAGAAACAAUGUGGAAUUAGUUGAAAAACAAUUUUUGAAGGAGUGUUUGAUAAAAAGGAUGCCAAACUUAGCACCGCAUAUCUAUCAAUUCGAAUCGCAAAUUGUUGUGACACGAAUUUCAAUAACAUGUGCAUGCGGUGAUUUGAAAGCCGGCGAAAAAUGUUCAAAAUUCAAUUCAAUUGAUCGGCAAAGAUGGACCGAGUUCAUGGGGAAUUUGAAUAGUGGUGGCGUUUACUUGUCAGACUAAGUAUUUUUAUUGUGUAUUUAGUGUAAGAUUUUUGGGCCCUCGUUUUUGGCUCUUUUGCGUCAUUUGUUUUUGUAUGUAAAAAUAU